UAUUUUCCGCAAGUUUGAAGUGCAUUAUUCGGUCACCAGCCCAGCGUGCACUCGAACAAGGACCAACCUGAUUUGGCGCGGAAACGUGUGUUAUUGCGCGAAGAUACCACAUCGAACUUGUUUGAAAAUGGCAGAUAAGGAACAAGUUCCAGAACCUUUUGAUGAUGCUGUCGAGGAACGCGUCAUUAACGAGGAAUACAAGAUAUGGAAGAAGAACACUCCGUUUCUGUAUGACCUUGUGAUGACCCAUGCCUUGGAGUGGCCUAGUUUGACUUCUCAGUGGUUGCCCGACGUCAGAAGGCCAGAAGGCAAAGAUUACUCCAUUCAUCGACUGGUACUCGGCACUCACACGUCUGACGAACAGAACCACUUGGUGAUUGCCAGCGUUCAGCUGCCAAACGAUGACGCUCAGUUUGAUGCAUCUCAUUAUGACAGUGAAAAGGGAGAAUUUGGAGGAUUUGGUUCAGUUAGUGGCAAGAUUGAGAUUGAAAUAAAAAUCAACCAUGAAGGAGAAGUGAACCGGGCAAGGUACAUGCCACAAAACCCAACCAUCAUCGCUACCAAGACUCCCUCCAGUGAUGUCCUGGUCUUUGACUACACAAAGCAUCCUUCCAAACCAGAUCCCAACGGCGAGUGUAAACCCGACCUUCGACUGAGAGGACAUCAGAAGGAAGGCUAUGGAUUGUCCUGGAAUCCUAACCUGAGCGGUAAUCUCCUCAGUGCUUCAGAUGAUCAUACAAUCUGUUUGUGGGACAUCAGUGGUGACGAGAAGGAUGUCUGUGUUGUUGAUGCUAAGACAAUCUUCACUGGUCAUUCAGCUGUGGUGGAAGACGUCUCAUGGCAUCUUCUUCAUGAAAGUCUCUUUGGCUCCGUUGCAGAUGACCAGAAGCUCAUGAUCUGGGACACCAGAGUCAAUAACACAUCCAAGGCAAGUCAUUCUGUCGAGGCUCAUACAGCAGAGGUCAACUGUCUGUCCUUUAAUCCUUACAGUGAAUUCAUCUUGGCAACAGGAUCAGCUGACAAGACUGUUGCAUUGUGGGAUCUGCGUAAUCUGAAACUCAAGCUUCAUUCCUUUGAAUCGCAUCGGGAUGAAAUCUUCCAAGUCCAGUGGUCACCUCAUAAUGAGACCAUCUUGGCGUCCAGUGGUACGGACAGACGACUCAAUGUAUGGGACCUUAGUAAAAUCGGUGAGGAGCAGUCAGCAGAGGAUGCUGAGGAUGGUCCUGGUGAACUUCUCUUCAUUCAUGGCGGACACACGGCUAAGAUCUCAGACUUCUCCUGGAAUCCCAAUGAACCAUGGGUCAUCUGCUCGGUAUCCGAGGACAACAUCAUGCAAGUCUGGCAAAUGGCUGAAAACAUCUACAAUGAUGAAGAGCCAGACACCCCUGCUGCUGAAUUGGAACCUCCCACUGCACAAUGAGACCGCCAGCCUCUUCAGUCAUCCAACUUUAUUUCCAGAUCGUACCAUCUUCUGUGUAGGGACCCUUCUGUAAUGAUUGCUAGGUGGAUAUAUAUGUUAACCCGUUUGUAUUAAGACAAGCUGUACAAAUAUUACAAUUUGUUAAAAGGGAAACUUUUCAGUUUGACAUCUUAGGUAAUGAUCCGUUCUUAGUAUAAAAUUGAAGUGGCUAAUUGUACAAUUCAUAUACUAUGGGCUCCGUGCACAAGUACUCCUUCAAUGGCCAGAAAAGGAGAGUUGGGGGAGACCUAGACUGGUUCCCUGUCCAUCCACUGUGUAUUUCGAAUGAUCCAAAGUUAUUGGUGGCGUGGAUUAGAUGAAUUGGGAGAUCAUCGCAAGUUAAAUUCAAAUGUAUCUACGUGCCGACGAUGACGCUGUGGCUAAUAGAUUUGGCACAUUCAGGAAGUUGUGCGUAUUUCGUGUGCGAAUCAGUACAGCAGUAUGCACACGCUGUGUGUCCUGUCCUCGGGCUCUCAAAAGUGGUAAACAUGUGCCCUCUAUUGUUGCCGCACGGAGCCCAUGGGCAGAGCAUCCCUCAGUUAAUAAACAGAUCAAUUUUGAAGUGUCUUUUAUUUGAUUUUGAGUUUUGCUGUCAUUGUUAAUGGAAUACACAACAUACAAAUGGAUCUUUUGGCAUUUGACAUAUGAGAAUAACCAGCAUAUGAAUUGCCAGUUUAUCACAGUUCUCCAUUUUUCCCCCGCAUUUUAGUUUAUCCUUGCUUUUGAUGAAAAAGUACCACACUGUUCUGAUUUGUUCACCAAGUACCAAAAACUACAACUGUAUAAAUAUAAAUACCAAGUCUCGUAUGUACAUGAUCUGCACUGACAUUUGAUUUGGGAAAAACGGAGCAAUAAAGAGUUAUGAAGUCCUAAAACACAUUUUAAUAUAAAAACACAUUUUAAAAUUGCCUGUACAACAUGACGAAAGUUUGUACUAUAGAGAGCUCUGCAGUGCAGCCAUCCCAUUCCAAGUAACCCCUUUUAUAAAGUCUGUGGUUUAAUAAAGUAAAAAAAAAAAAAA